GUGGUGGCCACCGACGGCGACCCGCUGGUCCUGGAGCUGCUCCGCAGGAACGCGGCGCGGGAGGCGGGCGAGGGCGGGCGGCUGAGGGUCGAGGGGCUGCUCUGGUCGGACAGCGUGUCGCCCGCCAGCCUGGGCCUCUCGCGGCCGCCGGAUCUGCUGCUGGCCUCCGACGUCAUCUACGCCAGCGACAGGGAGGAGGCGCUGGCCGGGCUGGCCUCCACGCUGGGCGCGCUGGCCGGUCCCGAGACGCUGCUGCUGAUCGCCAACGUGCGCCGCUACCCCGCUGGCCAUGCUCAGGGCGAGGAGCGCUUCUUCUCGCGCUUGGACCCCGUGUUCGAGAGGGCCGAGCUGCCACAGCACUGCCUGCACAGGGACUUCCAGCGGACCGGCAUCGGCAGCUGCGCGGUGCACGUGCUGCGGAAGCGAGAG